AGUAAAUAUAUUUAAAUUUUAUUAAAAAUUACGAAAUAUAUAUUAAAAUGAGUGAGUUUGAUAAUCAGAAUCAGUUUUUAAAUACUGAUGGCUUUAAUUUAAAUGAUUUGAAUGGGUUUGAUGAAUUAUUAUCAAAUUGUGAAAAUGAGUUAUUGAAAACUGAAAACAUUUUCAAUAAUGAUACUCUGCUUUCACAAUUAGAAGAUUCAUUAGAAAUGGAUACAUUAAAUUUUGAUAUGCUUGAUUUGCCGGCACAAAAUAUUGAUACCGGACAGCAAACAACUCCGCAAUAUUUUACUACAAUAUCGCCGAACAAUUUACAGCAACAAUCACCUCAGAUCAUGGUCCCUUCACAACAGCUACACUCUCCCAUACAAUCAUCAUUACAGUCUUCACCAGCCACACAAGUUGUACCAUUAUCACCACAAUCAGCGUCUCAAAAUAUUCAACAAAUACAAAAUACUUCAGCACCAAUUCAACACACUACUACAUCAGCAAAUCCAAUUUUAAUGCGAGCCCAUAUUCCAGUACAAAAUGCUACUACAAAAGUUAUGUACUCAACCGUUCCACCUCAACGAAUGGCAACUAAUACACAAAUUCAACUACAAAUACAGCCGACGACAACAACAACCAAACAAAAACGUGGCAGUAACACUACUCACAUUAAAACUGAACAACAAAUUCCCCAACAAAUUGUACUUCAGAGUCUACCACCGGAUAAAAUGCAACAAAUAUUAUUACAAGCCAAGUUAAUAAAAUCUGAAUCUCAUUUAAAUCCUACACAUACUGUUAUGUACACAACAAAACCGACUAGUUCACCAGGAGGUACAACUUCGGCGACUUCAUGUCAACCUAUACAUACAUUGGUGAACACAACAAACGCCAUCUUAACUACGGGGAUACCAUUAGUUUUGGAUACGGAUAAUAAAGUUGCUAUUAAUCGUUUUUCAUCAACCUUACAACCACUUACACCCACAAAAGAACCAAAAGUUAAAGAAGUAAAACGAAGUGCACAUAAUGAAAUUGAACGAAAAUAUCGUACGAGUAUCAAUGACAAAAUUGUUGAAUUGAAGAAUAUAAUUGUUGGGGUUGAUGCAAAGUUAAAUAAAUCCGCCAUAUUACGUAAAACAAUCGAUUACAUAAAAUUUUUACAAAAUCAAAACACAAAAUUAAAACAAGAGAAUAUGGCAUUAAAAAUGGCAUCCAGAAAACAAACAUUAAAAGAUUUAUUACAACCACACUCAACAGAUAUUGAUCAAAUUAAUUCGUUACGUGAAAGCUUAGCUGAUAUAACACCACCACAAUCAGAUGCAUCAUUGUCACCUCCACAUAGUGAUAAUUCAUUACCACCAUCGCCAGAUACAUAUAUGUCGCCUCAAGUAAAAGAAGAGAGUGAUGAAGAGAAUUCAACAGUAUUAAGCCGUGGCAUGUUAGAUCAUUCACGCUUGACAUUAUGUAUGUUUAUGUUAGCGAUCGUUGCAUUCAAUCCAUUUAAUAUGGCUGUUAAAACAAUGAAAGAAGUUGGUGAACAUUAUUCAGGAACUGGACGUUCUAUUUUAAGUGCAGAUGAAACUGACACUUGGACGUGGAUGUCUUCAUCCAUUCUCUUAUUUUUAUUCAAUUUUAUGAUUUUUGGAUUCUGUUUGGUUAAAAUAUUAGUGUAUGGUGAUCCAGUAAUGCCUUCAAAGUCAAAAGAAUCGCUUGAAUUUUGGAGACAUCGACAACAAUCAGAAUUUAAUAUUUCAAAGGGUGAUAAAAAUGGUGCAAAUAAAGAACUAUACAAAUGUUUAUUAUCAUUUGGUAACACAUUACCAACAUCACGAUUUGAAUUAAUCACGUCAAUUUGCUGGCAAAUAAUACGACAAUGUUUACAUCGUUUAUUUAUCGGACGUUGGCUAUCAAAAUAUACAGGUGGAUUCUUUGUUGAACCAUCUAUACGUACUGAAGCGUUGAAUUCAUGUAAAGAAUUAGCAUUAGUUUAUCAUCGUUUAAAUCAAUUACAUUUGUCUAAUGCUGAUUCGAAAAUAGUCAAUUUAAUGUUAUCAUUGAAUGCUGUGAAUAUGGCUGAAGCUAGUAUAUCUAUAAUGCCGGCACAGCAAAUGGUUGAUAUAUAUAUAAGUGCAGCAUUAACAAUUAAAUAUGCCUGUCCUGGAUUCUUCAAAGGAAUUCAUAGAUAUUAUCUUGGUUUAGCCAAACAAGCCAGUGUAAGUGAUACAUGUGCAACAAUGCCAAAUCGUUUACAAUGGUUAUUCACACCACAUGGACAUCGAUUCCUCGUUUCAAAUAAUUUUACGUAUGGUGAAGAUUUAAAUACUUCAUUAUUCAAUUCAUCAGCACAUAAAACUGAUCCCCUUGAAUAUGUUAUGAGGGCAUUUCGUGAACACUUAUUAGAAAGAGUUGUACAAACACUUGUAGCACCCGGUACCAAAUCAAAUGAUCCAUCAUCGGAAUCAUCAGAUGAUCCAAUUCGCCGUACGCAGAUAGCCGACGUUUUAAGUUAUGUACAACUUUUAAUGGAUAAUAUUUCAACAUCGAAUAUUUCUAAUGUAUUUGCUUUUAAACAUGAUGAAUGUCGUGAUAAAAUUUGUCUUUGGUGGUCUGGAAUUGUUGGUGUUGCCGCAUAUUGGUUACUUGGUGAAGAUUCGCAAGCGGAAAGUUUAUAUCCAGUUGUUGAAAAUUUACCCGAAGAAUUAAAUGCAAUGAAUGAGCCUUUACCGCGUGCAGUUUUAGCUGCUUUUAAAGCUCGAAAAUUAUUACUUUUAUCAUCCAGACGUAUUUCAAAUAAAAUGAUUUUAAAACAAUGUGAUUUUGCCAGUGUACUUCUGGAAGAAAGUUUAACAUACAAUAGUUGCAAAUCUCCAAACAAUAUGAUAUUGUUAUUCCAAUUACUGGUGUGUGAUUGGUUGCUAGAAACACGCACUUCAUUGUGGGAAGAAGAUAUGUUAAAUGGUGAUCAAUCGACAACGGUUACACCUGUUGUGCUAUCAGGUUUCCAAUCAAAUGUAUCUUCUUUACGUAUUUUAACUCAGUACAUUCAAUCGGCUUUACCACGUGUAUUCCUAUACGAAGCCACAUUAAGAUUAAUGGCUGGAGCGGCACCUGGUAAAACACAACAAUUAUUGGAUCGAAGUUUACGGCAUCGCCAUUCUAGAUCAUCUAUUAUCUGUGGCAAAGACAAAUCAAAUCAAGAAAAUUUCGGGGAACGGGAACAUGCAGCAGCAUUAUAUUUAGCAUGUCGUCAUUUACCUGGACAAUUAUUAUCAUCGCCUGGCGAACGUGCUGGUAUGUUAGCCGAGGCAGCAAAAACUCUUGAACGGAUCGGCGAUAAGAAACGGUUGCAAGAUUGCUACAAAUUAAUGAAAUCGUUAGGUCCAAAUUCAGUUACGACAUAAUUGAAUGUUGAUUAUUUCUGUUUUUAUUAUUUAUUAAUUUUGUGAACUGAUUUUUUUAAUAUUUAAUACUGUAAA